UGAUAAUUUCGCGAUAAAGAGCAGCAGCUUGGUCAUAUUUCUCGAGACGGUACAAAAUCUGGGCUUUUAAUUCUUUGGACCGGAGGUCUAAUUCCGGAAUAUUAUCGAUUGUUUUAAGAGCGUCUUCGUAUUUAUUGGCGCGAUAAAAACAAUAAGCUUUUUCAAAAAUCAACUCGCUAAAAAGAAACGAAUCAAAAAGGAAUCGUAAAGUUUUGAGGAUUUACCCAUCGAAUUGGGCAUUGCCGUUCAAUAAACGAAUUGCUUCAUCAAAUUUUGAUAACUCAAUAAGGCAAACUACUUUAUAGUGGAAAGCCAAAAACUCAUUCGGGGCCAAAUUCAAAACUGGAAAGUUUUAUUUUAAUCCAUAUGUUUUUUUGAGGUUAGGUACUCACUUUUAUUUGCUGCUUUUAUAGCACGUUCGUAUUCACCAUUCUGGCCAAAACGGUUCAAUUCGGCGUAAAACGAGGUUAUUGCCUUUUUGUCCCGUUCAGCUUUUUCACUCAUUUUUAUUUUAUUUAACAAUAAUCAACUUUUAAUGCUUUUAAUCAACACUUGUGACGUUUCAAAUGUCAAAACUGUCAAAUAUCAAACACAUAACCUUAGAAUUUAGAAUUGUUUGUGGGGGUCAUUUCCACUAAAUUUAUCUAUCCAUAAACUUAUAUUCAUUUUUUUUUUACCGUAAUGAUUAACUCAUUAUACGUAAUUUUUUAAAUAGUAAUUUAUGUAAUGUCUCAGGAAGGCUUAUCUUCUACGAGACAACGUCCUAAGGCACGCCCUUCGAUACACCGGUCGAAUUCUGACACCAUGAAUGUAUCCACAAGUCCCAGAAAUGUAAGAAAGAUAAAUAAAUUAAAAAAUGAUUCCACCGAAUUUAUUCCGGAGUGUAGUCGGUACUCAAAUGAGACAAGUAGAGCGGACUCAAGUUUGGAUCAAACAGUAGAGGAUAAUUGUCAACGUAAGCAAGACGAAAGUUCAGAAAGUGAGGUUGAUACUGGUUCAGAAGACACAGGGGAAGAGUUUGAAGAAUCACAUGUGUAUAAUAGAAAGACACCAGAACUAAUUAAUCGUCAACCUCCGAAAUUAAAAGCAUCAGUAAAUAAUCCAAACAAUCAAUGGCCGAGUCCCAUUUACAUCGCUCUUAUUUUGAUUUCUUCGUUGUCUCUCGUUGUCUUGCCACUGAUGAUUUCUACAUCAGAAACAGAAGCAAGCAGUUUUCAUUUAAUUCAAGAAAAUUUUCCUACUCAAAAAGAUGAUCUUUGGUUGUCUUUUGAGACAGGUGUUGAUGACGUAAUCACAAGGAACAGGCCUUCAACUUUUGUUUUUUUGUACCAAGAAGAAGCUGAAGACACUUUGAUGAAGUUAUUGCAAGAUCUCACUAAAUAUGCCGUUUGUAACAUCAGGGACUGCUCAAAAAAACCCAUCAUUUUAUCAGACACUGAGCUUAAUUCUCCUCAAGUCAUCAGAAACUAUGGCAGUCUUAUUGAAAAAUACAGAGACAAAUUGAGCGAAAAUGGUGUCAUGAUCAUUAGAAAUCUUGAAAAUGUACGUGGAGUGUCGGCGCAAGCCUUUCAUACAUUUUGUGAUGAGUUUACACCUCUGGUUGAGAAGUCUGUCUUUAUUUUUACAAUGAAAGUUAAGGAACUUCCUGGCCCUAACAGUAUGAAAUUUGUGGAAGAGUACUUUAGAAAAAAAUGGACUGAUAUCAAAAUUGACACUUUUAAUGCUUUAAUUACGCGAAUUACGAGUAUGGUUGUUGAAGUUAUGCCAUAAUGUGUGAUUGUAAUUUUUGUAUCAUUGGAAAUUAAAUUGUGUCGUUGUUUUUUAA